AUGGGGUUUGAUGAGGUCUUUAUUGAUAUGGUUUGGAGGAUCAUGGCUAACAAUUGGUACUCCAUUAUUGUCAAUGGCAAAAGACAUGGUUUCUUUCAAUCCACAAGAGGUCUUAAGCAAGGUGACCCUUUAUCCCCGGCCCUAUUUAUUUUAGGUGCAGAGGUCCUGUCCAGAUCCUUGAACAGCCUUCACAACAAUCCAGAUUACUAUGGAUUCUUCUUGGAACCAAGAGGCCCUCAAGUGAACCACUUAAGUUUUGCUAAUGACAUCAUACUCUUCACUUCAGGAAGACAAAAAACUCUUCAACUCAUUUUGCAAACUUUGAAGGUCUAUGAAGAGACCCCAGGCCAGCUUAUUAACACUGACCAAAGCCAUUUAAUGGUCCAUACUAGUGCCUUUAACAGCACUAGAGAUAGGAUCAAGAGGAUCACUGGUUUCAGACAGAAGGAGGGCCAUCUCACUUACCUUGGUUGCCCUUUAUUUAAUUACACGAUGGCAAACAAAAUUAUUGAGCUAUGGUGGGAGAGAUAUUUUAGUCAAGCAUGUCCUACAAUCUCUACCUAUUCACCUCUUAUCAGCAGUGACCCCCCUGUUACUGUCCUAAACCAGGUCCAAAGUAUCAUGGAUGAUUUUUUCUGGGGAUGGAGGAAUGAAAAAAAGAAAUACCAUUGGGCUUCUUGGAAACAUCUAAGCUUUCCUUAUGAGGAGGGAGGUAUUGGUAUGAGAAAUCUCAAGGAUAUGAUGCACACCAAACACAAGGUGGAGGAGCACAUUAAAUGGAAACUCAACUCAGGCAAUUGUUCCUUCUGGUGGGACAAUUGGCUUGGUGUUGGACCCCUUGCUCAGUUCUCAACUGACGGUAACAGAUUCAACAAUACAACAGUAGCAGAUUUUUGGGUCGAAGGGCAAUGGGACUUGAAAAAGCUCAUUCGACAAGCUCCUAAUAAUUAUCUCGCCAACAUACUAUCCACUGAACUCUAUAUAUAG